AUGUUUGAGGAGAGGAAAAUCGGGUUGGCUGUUGUAUUAGUCUUUGUAACGGUAAUUUCUCUGGGUGAGGCUGGAACUAGAGAUACAAUAAAAUGUGCAAAACAGUGUGAAGCUAUCGAUGAUCUAACCAGCGCAAUCAACAAUUUUGCGAUAGAUAUAUACAAGAAGAUAAAUAAACAAGAGGAAGUUGACAGUAAUGUUUUCUUUAGCCCUGUGAGUGUAGCAACCGCCUUGGCAAUGUUACUUUUAGGAGCAGGAGGUGAUACGAAGAGACAAAUGGAAAAUGUCCUACAUGUUGAGGAUAUUCAGAGAAAUGCCAAGCUUCAUACUAUGUACACGUGUCUGAACGAAAAUCUUUACGGUAAAACAAAAGGAACAGAGCUUAGAUCGGCGAAUAAGCUGUAUCCGGAUAAAACCUUGGCCGUAAGGGAAAAGUUUAUCAAAGCAAUAGAAACGUACUAUAAAGGUUCGAUAGAAAAACUUGAUUUUAAACAAUCAGCCCAGGCCACCGAUAUUAUAAAUAAAUGGGUAGCUGACCAAACGAACCAGUUGAUCAAAGAAGUUCUUCAACCGGGAGAUAUCAGUGCCAUGACUGUAUUUGCACUCAUCAAUGCUAUCUACUUCAAGGGAGAUUGGGUUACGCAAUUUAAUCCAUGUGAUACCAAUGUUCAAUCUUUCUAUGUCCAAGACGAUGAAACAGUCAAAGUUGAUAUGAUGUACCAAGAGUCCCCAUUCAGAUAUUACCACAAUAUACGGCUGAAGGCUCAAUUUCUUGAUCUCCCCUACGUCGGUGAUAGGCUGAGCAUGGUCAUCAUCCUUCCAGAUGAGAAAAAUGGUUUGAAAGAUUUGGUAAAAGACAUCACAGCAGAUAAUCUCUAUGACUCCUUACUUACUCUAAAGGCGCCUCACACUGGGAGAAACGUUUACGUGACACUACCAAAGAUGAAGUUUAAAUGGAAAAAUGAGCUGUCGUCGAUACUGGAAGACAUGGGGAUGAAAAAACUAUUCUCAUCUGCUGUCGACCUCAAUGGAUUCAGCAAUGAUUCAAGAUUAGAUGUAUCUAAAGUCAUUCAUGAGGCAUUUGUUGAUGUAAACGAGGAAGGGACAGAAGCCGCUGCAGUUACCGUGAUUGCUGGAGGACGAUCCGGCUACUCGCCACCGCCUGUCAAAGUCAACUGUAACCACCCGUUCAUGUUCCUCAUCUACGACAAGACAUGUGGCGUGAUUUUGUUCAUCGGGAAAGUUAUGAAUCCUCAAUCAUCGAAUGCCACUGCGCCCAAACAAAAAGUUGUCGAAGUGGUCUCUGACAAGCUUGUGGAGACAACUCUUCAAAACUGUAGGGAUCGAUGCCGGGAUGAUUGUUAUGCGAAGCUACUUGGUGAAAGAACUAGGAAAAAUCCAGUCACUGACAAAUGUGUCGAAUGCAGAGGAUUUAGAACAGAAUGCAGAAAAGCUUCACGUUCAAGCAUGGCUGACCCAUAUGCAAAACUAUUCAGGGAAGAUUUUACGUUUUUGAGAGAUUGCAAAAAUGGAUGCAAGUGCAAGAAAAUAUGGAAAAAACGAACACGUAACGGGAAGUCUGACCCUUGUGAUGUGUGACGGCGAACGAUGGAGAAUUCCCUGGGGAGAAUUUGAAUCUUUUUUUUAUUCCUUUUUUAUUCAUAGAAAACAUUGUUAACAGAAUUAUUGAUAAUGUAUUUGCAUUGAUGCAUACCUGUACCUGAAAAUUGUUUUGUUUAAUACUUUGUUUAUAUUGAUUAAUAAAAAACAAGUAGCCUGUAUACAUGCAUUGUA